AUGGCAAUAGCCUACAAGGAGGACUGCAGCUUGUGGCACAAGAGGCUGGGUCACCCUUCCUUGUCAGCAAUGAAGCAUAUGAAAAUUGCGGAGAAAUUGACGAUACGUGAUCUAGUGCAAAAACAAAUGGCUACUGAGAAAAAAGAAGAGAGGAUCCAUCAAGUGGAGAUGGAUAAGCUGGCGGCGCAGGAGCAGAACGCGGCCUCGAGACAAGCAGCUGCCACCGGAGGAACUACUGCUUAUAUUGCUAGCGGCGGUGGUGUGGCUCCGGGUCACACCACCGGGGCCUAUGGGACCACUACCGCGGAUACUGGGACAACAACGGGCGUGGUUGGGUCACAGUACCCACCGAGGACCACUACUGGAACCGGAAGUGCUACGGUUCAAGGUCCUAAAACUGGUGGACGUCAUGGAUCUACCACCGGUUCUGCCUUUUAA